AAAAUCGAUUUCGCGGCCUAUAGCCAAUCCAAUACCCCCUCCGCGUCUGGGUUUUGUUCUGCUGCAUGCUCCGUUGGUGGGGUUAGUUAAUUGUAGCUUUCCCAGAACGCUAAUAUGUCAGGCAUCGCGGUAGCAAGGCUUUCAGAGGAGCGCAAAGCGUGGAGAAAAGACCAUCCUUUCGGCUUCGUUGCCAGGCCAACAAAGAAUGCAGACGGGACGCUGAACCUGCUCAACUGGGAGUGUGCGAUUCCGGGAAAGCAAGGGACUCCUUGGGAAGGAGGACUGUACAAGCUCAGGAUGAUCUUCAAGGACGAUUAUCCUUCCACACCACCAAAGUGUAAAUUUGAGCCCCCUCUAUUUCACCCAAACGUCUACCCAUCUGGUACAGUGUGCUUAUCCUUGCUGGACGAAGAAAAAGACUGGCGGCCAGCUAUCACCAUCAAACAGAUCCUCCUCGGUAUCCAAGAUCUAUUGAAUGAACCAAACGUAAAAGAUCCAGCACAGGCGGAAGCCUACACCAUCUACUGUCAAAACGCACUGGAGUACGAGAAGAGGGUCCGCGGGCAAGCAAAGUCCAUGGCUCCGACGGAGUGAUGGUGGUGACGUGGGGUCACGAACGGUUGUUUUUUUCCGCCGUGUAUUUUCAUGAACUCCGUGCAAACCUGUGUCCGUAAGCACGUCACUUGCACGGAGAAGAUUUUUAAGAAGGAGCAAGAUAUUGGAAUUGGGAGUGCAGAUACUUUUCCUCCUUUUUCUUUUUGAAUUAAAAGACUGACAGGUUCUGCCUUAUUUUAUUGGCAGCAUUCAUUUCUGUGAAGGAAUGCUGUCCCAUAGAAGCGUUUUCUCUCGAUGGUGUUUGUCCUCUGUAAAUAAAUUCUUUCUUUCUAAAGGAGA